AGUUCAUAAAAAAGACAAUUCCGCACCUGCCACCAGAACAAUUCGAUCAUGAAAUUGGAACUAAUAGUUUUAGUCGUUUGCGUUGCUCUAGCGACGGGCCAGGAUUGGUGCAAUAUCGCUUCGUGUGCACCUAAUGCUCAUGUUGCCUGCAAUCACGACGGCAAUUUUCAUCAAGACUGCAGGCGUCCUGCAGCGGUUACCCUCACCGCCGCAAAUAUUCAAUCAAUUUUGGAUCGACACAACAACUUCAGAAGCUUAACGGCCGUAGGUCAUACGCUUGGACGUGAUGGCAAUCUUCCGACUGCCGUCCGAAUGGCACAACUUCGCUGGGAUCCGACGUUAGCGCACUUGGCUGGCUUAAACGUUCGUCGGUGUCUGGUGAGACAGGAUAACUGCCGAAACACCGAGCAAUUUAACGCUGUCGGACAGAAUGUGGGCACCAUGUUCUUCUUGGGCAACAUGCCAGCAGACAUUAUAAUAAACACCGUCACCGAUGCAUGGUUCGACGAACGGCGGCUUACCCUACAAUCUGACAUUGCCAGUGUUGUGACGGGACGACUGUUCGAUAUGGGACGAUUUGCGAAUGCAGUUAAUGAGCGUCAGACACAUGUCGGGUGUGCCAUCUCAAUGUUUGAUCAAGAUUCGGGAAGUACGCUUUGGCGCGUCGGUCUUCUCGCAUGCAAUUAUGCUUCGACCAAUUUUGGUGGUACGCCGAUUUAUCGAAGUGGACCAGUGGGUUCACAAUGUGAACUCGGAACAGAUGGCACGUUUCCUGGACUUUGUACCCUCAACGAACCGAUCAAUCCGAAUGUAUAAAUUGUAAACCGA